AUGGCCGUCAUGGACAUCCCGCAACAACGCAGAUACUCGCAGGAGAUGGCCGAGUACACCGCACGUAAAUUCCAGAGCUGGAGGCAGGAGCUCGAACGCGAGCGUGCACGAGACGGGCCCCAUACGCCUCCGCUCAGUGGCUCGCCGCCGAAGAGGCAGUUCAAGCCGAGCCCGCCAUUGAAGAUGACAGCUAUGAAUGGUGACUGA